AUGUCGCUCGCAACACAGGCCGGCCUUUUUGGCGGUGGUCUUGUUCUUGGCCUAUAUAGUGCGACGCUUUUGAAUCGCAAGCAGUCGCAGAUUUCUGUGGUACCUGCAGACGCGCCUGCUCCGUCGGCGCCUCCCGCGCUCACGCCAGGAACGUCGGAUGCCCUGGCAAUCACAGGGCUGCCCGGCAGCCUUACCAACGUGUUACGGCAGCAAGGGUUUGUCGACUCGUACGACAACCGUCUGCGACAUCCCCUAUGGAGCGCAGAGCACCUCACGGCCGCAUCGAUUACGCGCAAGCCCGGCGCGGAUGGCGCGCACCGCUCCAAUUCCGUGUUCACCGAAGACAUGCGCAUACCCCCCCAGUUCCGCGCCACAAAUGCAGAUUACUUCCGGUCUGGGUACGACCGCGGCCAUAUGGUGCCUGCUGCGGACGUGAAGUCGAGCCAGGAGGCGAUGAACGAGACGUUUUUGCUGAGCAACAUUGCGCCGCAAGUCGGCGAGGGCAUGAAUCGCGACUAUUGGGCGCACACGGAAGACUUUGUGCGCCGCCUCACGGCCAAAUUUGACGACCUGUACGUGUUCACACUUCCCCUUUACCUCCCGCGGCAAGGCUCCGAUGGCAAGUGGCGCGUGUCGUACGAGGUAAUUGGUAAUCCGCCCAAUGUCUCGGUGCCGACGCACUUUGCCAAAAUCGUUCUUGGCGUCGGCCCCAAGGGCACGUCUGGGUCCAUGCUGGCCCAGAUUGGACUCGGGAGCAGUACAGCACUAGGCGCUUUUGUGAUCCCAAAUAGUAUGGUUCCGAAUUCUGCGCCGCUGCGCAGCUUUGAGAUGGAUGUCAAUGCAGUAGAACGAGCCGCGGGCGUGACAUUGUUUUCCCCCGCGAUCAAGAGCGCUUCCAAGAAGCUCUGCGAUACAGUGCAGUGCGAGAUCAUUGUUCGUGACUUUACCAAGGCCAAUAAACGGCUUGCUUCGUAG